AUUUUUCACCGUCAUCGAGCUUGCUGGCCGUCGUAACGUGCCCUGGCGCAUCUUUGUGCAACGUGUGAUUUAUUGCGCUAUAUAUCUCCUCGGCUGAGAGGGUUGAGCAGCAUCAGAGUUGCUUGACAGCGACACAGCAGCAACUUGCCAGCAAGGGAGAGCCAGCUUGCCAUGCAGCUCGCAUUGCUAGCCGCGCUGCUCGCCGGCAGCCAUGCCCUGGCGCCGGUCAUACAAACAAGACGGAAGACGGUGCUCCACUCGGACAUGAUCAAGGGCUCGGUCGUAGGCGAAGACGGUAUUACGGCGGAAGUCGCGCCGCAGGACGACGACCUCGCCGAUCCGCCCCAGACCAUGGCCCAAUGCUUACAACAAGCGCAGGACGCCACCGUCGCGGCCAUCGAGGACGGCCAGAUCCUCAUGGACGUCGAGUUCCCUCCACUCGCAGCCGACCUCAUGGACGACCCUAACACGAGUGCGGGCGAGAUCUCGGCGUCCCGUCGUGUGGAGGCGCCGUCGACGCGCGUCGUCUCCAGGAAUGAAAUGCUCCGCGCAGGCGACAUGGCCGGCGCGAACACGAGGCUAGCCAUAAAAUACGCCCAGGGUAUUCAUACAAGAACGGGGAAGAAGGUGGCCAUCCUGUACCCGGACGUUCCGGAGCUCGAAAGGGCCGUGGAGCAAUCCGGUUCCAAUAAUCCGCAGCCGGGCGUUAGUCUCCAUUCGUUGCGAGCGUCGAUCGCCGAGGCGGAGACGCCCCAACAAGCCUUCUUCGCGCUCUUCGGCAAGGGCAAGGAGAUGGUGCGCGAGGUGCCCGACGCGGACGUCUAUGUGGGCUUGACGUUUUCGGCGCAGGAGCUGCCCGACGUCGAGGAGCUCGAUACGCGGGAAGCUUCGAAGAAGCCUAUUAUUUUAUUCAACUUGAAACUGGAUACGCAGCGCGGCGACCUGGGUCUGCCCGCGUUCCCGCCCAAGGACCUCCAGUGGCGGUUCUUAUCAAGAGCGAAAGCGGUCUACUUCCUGCGGACGAGGCAGUACACUUUAUCGUUACCAGAACCGCCCUUCGUCGUCAACUACCAGGGGGCCAUCUUCCGCCAGUACCCCGGGCCCUUCCAGUGUCUGUUAGAUACGGGCAAGGCCUUUAGACCCGUGUCCACCUCGGCGCGGCGGCCCGCAUUAGGCGAGUUCAAGGAGACCAUCACCAUGGCCCUCAAGAUCGGCGCGAAGUCGCCGUCGAACGAGGGCAAGAACCGCAAGUUUUUUAGGACGGGCGUCAAGGCGAUCACGUGGUGGGAGGAGGACAAGGAGGGCCUCGAGGAGCACACGGAGUGGCGGGAGUAAGGUACUAGGUAUGGG